UCCUCGAUCGACUCUCGAUACCCUCGCUUCAUUGCCCAUACCGUGCAACCCCAGUCCCCAUCACCACUAUAACAUAGCAAUGGAAUUUGUGGAUGAAACUAAAAUAAUUCUUCGGAAAUACCGAAAGACUGAGGUCGUGCCGUUGGUCGCUGGAAGAGCAGUGACAAUAAGUUUGGGUGUUCUCGCGUGUCUGGGCUACUUUGUUAUAUUAAUAUUCUUUCUCGUAACUACACAUCCCGUUGAAAUUAUAAAAGUAGUCUCGACACCAACAAUACCAGUGCCAGAUUUGACGAUAUCAUUUAAUUAUAAAUUUAAUGUGUCAUGUCAAUUCCGAUAUACUGACAACACCAAUUCAAGCGAGGAAUUAUGCGCACCGUACCUCACCCAACCAUGCAAUCAAUCAUUAGAGGAUGGAAAAUACUACGCAUACUUUACGUCGAACAACGAUCUUAAUUACGAUCGUGACGAGAAACGUAACGGCGUAUGGUUUACAAUCUUCCUCUCCGACACCUCAUAUGACGUACAGCACGAUCUUGGAAUGCAAGCGAGAGCGUAUGACUCAGCAUUCGAUCCUCGCAUGUUGGAUUCGAAAACAGUAGAUAGGGUCAACCGCGAAGACCCAAACUUCUUUGACGACCUCAACAACCGAAACACUCAUAUAAUCGGCUUCAGGCAAAACAAUUGGAUGUUUAUCUCGAGGAAAAUAAAAAAGAAGAUGAAGCCUACAUUCGCAAAUGCGCUGGGCAUUCCACCCAUAUACCGCAUCCAACCAUUCAUUCACACGCUGUAUGAAUCGGUUACCGAUCCGAUCAGCUCAUUUAAUGCCAGUUCAAUCAAACCAAACUCCCCAACCUAUGGGCAUUUGUUCGUUGGCACGUUCGAUUGGUUCACGGAGGAGAUUGUGGAGAGCAG